AUGGAACCUCCUCCCUCGCGAAUUCCAAGGCGAUGGACAUCAGAGGAAGAUGCGGUGCUCCGGACAGAAGCGACUUAUCAGUUGGUCGCCGCUGGUUCAGUGAGAGAUUGGAAUAGGAUUGCAUCAAAACUCCCAGGCCGAAUGAACAAGGACUGCCGCAAGAGAUGGAGCAAGAUAUCAGAGAAUGUGAAGAAGGGUAAUUGGGAUCCAGCUGAAGAUGCGAAACUCAGAGAGGCUGUUAAGACUAUGGGCACAAGAUGGACUCAAGUUGCAGAAAUGGUCGGCACUCGUCAUGCUGAUCAAUGUGCCAAGCGCUGGACCCAAUGCCUUGACCCUUCCAUCGACCACAGCGACUGGAGAGAAGAGGAAGACAAUAGACUGCUUGCGGAGGUCGCUGCCUCUGGUCGAAACUGGAGGAAGAUCGCAGAGCUGUUCCCCGGUCGUACCAAGUUGUCGCUCAAGAAUCGAUACACUGCUCUCAGACGAAAACAGCACUCCCAGCAGAUAGCCACCAGCGGCGAGAGUCCACAAUUACACCAAACGUUCUCCACCCAAGCUCAUCGAUCUGUGAGCGACGACUUGAUGCAGAUAUCGGACGAACUUCCGUCAAGCGAAGAGGAGAUUUGUUCUUCGAUGGGAUCGACGAGGCCGCCAUCUCGCUCCUCGAGUCACAGCAAGAAGUCUCAACACCAGACUGGGAAUUUCGAUAUGGUCGUGGAUUCCUCGUCUGGGUUAACGACUCCAGCUAGUCAUACCGACUCUGGCGAUCUAUUCCAGUACCUGCCGCACACUCCAAAUCCGAAUUUCGGAUUUCAACAUCGUCAGAGCGUUGAGCAUCCAUUACUGGAUUCGAGAAACUUUUCGCCGUUGCAUUUGUCCACGUUGAGUGAGCCCAUGUUGACACCUCGACCUGAAUAUUUGCCCUCGGCAAUGCUCGAUACUACAUACCCGAUGCAUGCUUCUAGUCUCCCGAAUGAUUGGCUUUCACAGGGGACGACGUCGAACCAACACAUGCAUGGUUUUCCAUUCCCCGAGUCUUUUGAUGUUUCACCAAUGAGUGGGAUGGACCAACAUUAUCCACCUCAACAAGCGUCGUCGAGGAAGACCACCAUUGUGUUGGAAGAUAUCGAGGAAACCACCUUGAGCAAGGUCAUGAAUAUCCUUAUCCAAGAGAAGGCAAAAGUGAGGAUGGAGACGACGCACUCCGGCCGAGUUUCAGAACGUAGGUAG